CCAGAUUUGACUGUUUCCAUCUGAAUGCUGCACAAUGGCUCUGCGUAUCUCUGUACACAUGCCCCAUACAUAUCUUUAGAAGUCACGGGACCCCCACGCUCACGUGCUGCACUACAGGCCAAGUAUACACACAUACGAUGUGGCAGAUCUAUAUAGCGAACAGAAUCUAUACUCAUCUCUACUAACCUUCUACUCUAUACCAUCCACAAUCUGUACAGAUAUAUACAGUCUAUGUUGAUACCAAUAUGCCUCCAACACUCCCCCAAACCCUCCUUAUCGUCUCCCUCAAGAUGUACUUCGCCCCUUCCCGCACCCUCUCCUACCUCCGCGGCCUCCUCGAACUCAGCGCCAACUCCAACAAUUCCAACAAAAAAGACCUCCUCCUAGCCCUCAUCCCUGACUUCCUAACCAUCCACCCCUGCGCCGAGAUUCUCCGCGAAGCCAACGCCACGGACACCUUCCUCCUCGGUGCCCAAGACUGUUUCUGGGAAGCCCUUGGCCCUUACACCGGCGAAGUCUCCCCCCUCGCCCUACGCGAUCUCGGCGUAUCAAUCGUCGAGCUCGGGCACGCAGAACGCCGCGCCAUCUUCCACGAGACGGAUGACGAGGUCGCAAAGAAGGCGAAAGCUGCUUGUGAACAUGGGCUAAUCCCGCUAGUUUGCGUGGGGGAGAUUACGGUCCCCGCGGGGGAUCGGGCGAUAACACGGGCUAUCGAGGAAGUUGCUGUACAGGUAAGGCCAGUUCUCGGUGCUAUACCCGCUGAUGCGCCGGUGAUUUUUGCCUACGAGCCGGUUUGGGCGAUUGGGAAGCCCGUGCCUGCGGGCGUGGACCAUGUGUCCGCUGUUGUAGAAGGCAUCCGUAAUGUGGUUCGGGAGUCUGGGGGUAGUGGUAGGCAAGGAGAGGUGCGGGUGCUGUAUGGGGGAAGCGCGGGUCCCGGAUUGUGGGGAGCGGGCGGUCUGGGGAAGGCAGUUGAUGGGAUGUUUCUGGGGAGAUUUGCACAUGAGAUUGACGGCGUCCGAAGGGUGGUUCAAGAGGUGGAGAAGACUCUGUAGUUUCUUUCGCGGAUUACUGUUUAUAGAUGAUGGUCCCAUGUUGUCAUGUCGGUGUAAAUGGUAUCGAAUGCGUUACAAUGAAUUUACAAUGGAUUUACUGGUACAUACAACAUUCCCUAGAUAUGUUAUUCAUAAUGGUCCAGAUUGAUCCACAUGCUCGGGUUCACCUAUUUGG